AUGGCACUCGUUGACAAAAAGAUCUUUCUCCAAUAUGAUGUACCCGGGCCGGUUCUAUGGCAUGAGCGACACAUCCUCGAGCAUUAUGUAGAUGAGCAGUAUGUGGUAGUGACACCUGAUCGGGACAUAUACAUCGAAGACUGUUCGAUGGGGAACUCGGACUUGCGUGGCAUUCGUCACCGCUCUGUGGGUGGCGGUCUGCCUGUUGGUUUGCGAGCCUCUCACGUCUAUACAUUGCCACCGUUCACUGCUGCGGAGAUGGCUGGCUUCAAGGCCGAAGCUGGGCGUCAGAUCGCGGCCCAGGCCGCUGCCGAUGGGGGAGGUGCCGGUCUGGGCAACUUGGCGCGCGCGGGCGCCGUGGGCGCUCCUGCGCCUUUGCCUGGAGGGGCCUCCAACACGGUGACCUUUGAGCCGGACGUCCUCUAUUGGCUGGCCGCCGAGGCCCUGCCUGGAGGACAUCAGCUGCGGUCCUUGUUUGUUAUCUGUUGUCGUGGCAGGGAUCGUGGAGACUUCUUGUCAGCCCCGGGCGGCUGGGACAUCAGGACGGGAAGGGUCUUUCUGGACAGUCUUGGCAAGCCGGAUCUUCCUUUGAAGGAUGCCGCGGCAAGGAGUGUUCAGUCACCGGUGAGCUGGAACAUGUCCGGGCCAAGGGCGGCCAGGUGGUGCAUUGCUUAUCUGGUGAACGAAGGCAUGGGCCUUGAGGGUCACCAUGAACGCUUUAGGACCUUGUGCAAAGUUGAUGGAUCGGCUUGGGGCGCGCAGGAGCAUUUUCAGCUGACUAUGAUGGUGAGGCAUGCCUUGCAGAUUGACCAGCUGAAUGGCUACAACCUCAUGUCGGUGGAAGUCAUGUUCCGGAGAAUGCAGACGAUAGAGCAUAUGCCGAGAAGGCCCGUGAAGAACGUGAGGCCGCGAGGAAGAAGAGGGGUGGCCGAGAUGAUGCAUGACACAGAGACGGGCGGCGGCUCAGGGGCGGCUGCCGCCCGCUUCCAUAGCCCCUUGCAUGAUGAUCCCCGUGUGCCGCGCGAUAUCUUCCCGCUGCCUGAGGUGGGCUGCCAGGAUCCUCCUGAUCGCUCUCUUUCUCGAGGGUGUCUUCAACGAUGGCAGCGCCGGCAGAAGCAGAUUGACGAUGUCAACGUUCGCGGCGAUCCGGGGCCUUAUAAUUCAAUGUACGACCCCACCUUGAAGAGCACGGUGGGACCCAUUCAUUCAUUACCUUCUUCUCGUGUCUCGGCAGCACAGGCUGAGGCUCUUCUCCGUAUACAGAAUGCGGUGCGCCGGUUGGGUCCUCCGCCGGCCGAUGUUACAGUGCCAGAAGCGCUACGGCAGCUUCGGUGUGAGGGCUAUGUGGACGAAAGCCAGGCCACGGGUGCCCUGACGUCAUUCUGUCUCGAAAAGGUUUCUUUACCGUCGGGGGGGUGGUCUCCUAUCCCUCUGUGCGAUUUGGGAGGCUCGAUCGAGGGAACUUCGGUUGACGUUUACGUACAGCAACAACUGUUGCCUGCGGAGAUGGUGCAGCAGCGGUUGGAGGCCACAGGUGUUGUGCACCCCUACAGUGACCCAAAGCUUCGGGACCCCAAGACCUACGGCAAGUUCCUUGACAGGCUCUGCAAGUCCAACCUUGUUGAGUUUGUGGAUGGGCCGGGGGUGGAGGAGAUUGCAGUGUUUUUUGUGAGCAAGAAGAAUGGCAUGUUGAGGAUGAUAAUUGAUGCUCGCCGAAGUAACUGCCACUUCAGGGACCCAGACUAUGUCCAGCUUUGCACAGGAGAGGCCCUGGGAAAGCUGGAGCUCGAUCCUGGUGGCGGUCUUAUGCUCCCACCGGUGGAUGCAUCAGUGGACACUCGACGGCUGGAGGCUCGCCUGUUUGCGCUGGCUGCAAGUACUAUCCUCGACUUACUGUUGCUGGGCUGGGUGACCAUCUUCGUGUUCGUGAUCGGCGCCCCAGCCCGCAGCCAGAUCUCAUGCAUACAGAAUAUGUCGAUAAUCUUCUUGUAUUUGGGCAGGACAGAGAGAACUGUCCAUCGUCUCAAGCAGGCGGGACUCCAAGUCCACGAGGAGAAGGUCUGCGAUGAGAAGGCGUGUGUUCUUGGGUGGGAGUUUGAGAACAGUGGCUUCUUUGGUCCAACCGCGAGGAGGGUGUGGAAAACUCGUUUGGCCAUACGGGCCCUGCUACGUAGGAGGCGGGCCAGUGGAAAGCAGCUGGAGAUCCUGAUUGGGUUGUGCAGUUUCAUCUCUCUGGCCAGGCGAGAGUGCUUAGGCAUUUUCGCGGAGGUCUACAAGUUUAUGAGACAACACGCGGGCAAUGACAUUGAGCACGGACUGCCCCGCGGUGUGAAACGUGAACUUUGGAUGUGGGAUUCCGUGUGUCCUCUUAUUUUCCAGGACCUCAGGGCUCAGUGGAGCGAGACCAUUCAUGCGGUCGAUGCCUCAUUGUGGGGGAUGGGCGUGACUACCGCCAGCCUUGACUAUGAAGGCGUCAAGCGAGUCGGGCGAUACAACGAGAGAUGGAGGUUCAAGGACGAAGACGCCCGUGUUGCUCGUCGUCUUGCUCUCAAGCUUGAUGGUCUUCAGGACAGUUUUGGACCGGAUGGCGAUGUGACUGAUGCGGCCUGGCAUCGACGAAAGUCGUCUUCCUUUGAGCCCGUCCCUUUCUCGGUAGUUGACCGGGAGUGGUCGACGGUGGUGUCGCAUCGAUGGAGGUCACCACUCACGCUCCCUGUGGGCGAAGCUCGUUCUGCGCUUACUGCUGUGAAACACAUCCUGAGGACGACCAGCAAUUUUGGCCUCAGGCAUCUCAUCCUCACAGACUCUUUGACAUCCUGUGGCGCUUUAUCGCGCGGGAGGUCCAGCCGGGGCACUUGGAAGCCGUCUCGGCCAAAGCCUCUCGAGGCCUCUCGCUCGCAUGAUACAUCGGGGCAUCAUCCUGGAUCCGCCGUGUCCGGCAAAGUGCGGACCUACUGUGAAGGAGAGGCGGCAGGCCCGAGGACGGCAAGGGAGCAGAUGCAGAGAGAGCACAACAAUACCACGAUCCUAGAACAAGCAUCGGUCAGCAAAGCAUGUCGGCUGCGCUAUCAGGGACUUUGGGACGAACUGUCGCCAAAGCUGUGCAAGGCCAAUGGCCUCCUCAAACCAAUGGCGGAGGUCGAGUCCAUCCUUUGCGACCACCUCGAGGCUCUGUUCUUGGACGGAGCCGAUUUGGCGACGGCCCAGUACACAGUGGCUGCAGUGCUCUACUUCAACCCAGGGCUCAGGACCUCUACUACGAGUUCGAUGCCUCGGGUGAAACAGAGCUUGACUGGUUGGCGAAAGCUGGCCCCAGCGAAGAGCCAGCUCCCACUGCCUUUCGAGGUGGUGGCGCUGAUGGCAGCAUGGGCAUUUGGGCUCGGACAGAUCGAGAUCGGGCUCUUCCUCCUGCUCGCCUUCAGUCUGUACUUGAGACCGUCGGAGGGGCUCCGUAUUCGGGCCCAGGACAUGAUCCGUCCCACGCGUGGGCGGGGACCGUUCAGCCGCUGGGGGUUUGUGCUACAUCCUUUCGAGUGCCAGAUUCCAUCAAAAACUCAGGAGUACGACGAGACACUGAUGUUGGAUCUCGCGUGUCACCAGCAGCUCGGAGCAGCCCUGUGGAGGUGUCUGAAAGUGCAGACAAUGCCGCCAAAUCAAAAUAUCUUUUCGGUCACCGCUGGCGCCCUCAACCAGUUCAUGGAGGAAGCAAGCCAAGCGCUCAAUUUGCAGGCGCUGGGGUAUCUUCACCUUUAUCGCCUACGGCAUGGCGGCGUAAGUCACGACUUCAGCCACAACCUGCGCAGCCUCCAGGAGGUACAGCUGUGUGGGCGUUGGCGCAGUUUAACAGUGUGCGGCGGUACCAAAAAGGUGGACGCCUGGCUCAGUUGUUCAACCUCCUUCCCGCCGAUGUGCGUGCAAAAGCUAUAG